ACAGGAAGUGGCUGCCCGGCGCAUGCGCGACGUCUCCACGGUAAUCGGGGCAGUUUCCUCCGCCGGCGUGGGGAGAUCCAGGGCUCCCAAAAUUCUUGUUCGCGCAAUCUCGCCCUCGCUCCUUUCUCGCCGGAGCCGGCUCGCAGGCUCCCGAGCCCCUCCGGUCCCCGCAGCCAGCUUCUCGCCGCAGAGCGACUCUCAGGGCCAGCAUGAGCCUGUUCGGAACAACCUCGGGUUUUGGAACGAGUGGGACCAGCAUGUUCGGCAGCACGACCACAGAUAACCACAACCCUAUGAAGGAUAUCGAGGUGACGUCCUCCCCCGACGACAGCAUCGGUUGCCUGUCCUUUAGCCCGCCCACCCUGCCGGGGAACUUCCUCAUCGCCGGAUCGUGGGCUAACGACGUGCGCUGCUGGGAAGUGCAGGACAGCGGCCAGACGAUCCCGAAGGCCCAGCAGAUGCACACGGGGCCGGUGCUCGCCGUCUGCUGGAGCGACGAUGGGAGCAAAGUGUUUACAGCCUCAUGUGACAAAACUGCCAAAAUGUGGGACCUGAACAGCAACCAGGCGAUUCAGAUCGCGCAGCACGACGCUCCCGUGAAGACCAUCCACUGGAUCAAAGCGCCGAACUACAGCUGCGUGAUGACCGGGAGCUGGGACAAGACCCUGAAGUUCUGGGACACGCGGUCGUCGAACCCCAUGAUGGUCCUGCAGCUCCCCGAGAGGUGCUACUGCGCCGACAUGAUAUACCCGAUGGCCGUGGUGGCCACUGCCGAGAGGGGCCUGAUCGUGUACCAGCUGGAGAACCAGCCCUCCGAGUUCAGGCGGAUCGAGUCCCCCCUGAAGCACCAGCACCGCUGUGUGGCCAUCUUCAAGGACAAGCAGAACAAGCCGACGGGCUUCGCCCUGGGCAGCAUCGAGGGCAGGGUGGCCAUCCACUACAUCAACCCCCCGAACCCAGCCAAAGAUAACUUCACCUUCAAAUGCCACCGGUCUAACGGGACCAACACCUCCGCCCCUCAGGACAUCUACGCGGUCAACGGGAUCGCCUUCCACCCUGUCCACGGCACCCUGGCCACCGUGGGCUCUGACGGCCGAUUCAGCUUCUGGGACAAAGACGCCCGGACGAAGCUGAAGACGUCGGAGCAGCUGGACCAGCCCAUCUCGGCCUGCUGCUUCAACCACAACGGGAACAUUUUCGCCUACGCGUCCAGCUACGACUGGUCCAAGGGCCACGAGUUCUACAACCCGCAGAAGAAGAACUACAUCUUCCUGCGGAACGCGGCCGAGGAGCUGAAGCCCAGGAACAAGAAGUAGUGGCGGGGCCGCCCGGGGCGCGUGCGGUCCUGUUCUCUCCCGCCUUGUCCGCGCACGAACUGGUCCGGCUUCGGGGCGGGAGCCGGUGCGGGCUCUGCCCCCACCCCCGGGGAAGGCACCGCCGUUGCUCAGCGGCCGGCCCCUGAGGGCCGCUGUGCCCGCCGGUCGCAUCCCACCACCAUUCCAGGUGUCCUCCGUGACUCCCCGGGGCUGGGUCGUCGUCAGAGCCAGGGCCGCGCGGGCCCCUGCCGGCUGGCUGGCAAUGCUUUGUGUAGCCGCUGCGUUCCGGAGGCGCCGGGAGGCGGUCUGGGAACGCUGUGCCGUGCUUUGUAAUAAAGCGUUUUGGAGGUUG